AUGUCAAAAACUCUAGCUCUGCCCUUGGCUGUACAACUAACUUUCCCUUUCCGGGCUUCAAUUUUCUUAUCUGUAAAACCAGAAGGGAGAUAAGCCUAGUAAAGGCUGGGAUCUCUGAGAAAAGCCCUCCUGGAUGAGCGUUCUGGCGCGAGCAAGAGAAAGCAGGGAGGGAGGGGAAACCUCCCGGGCCGUUGGGCCCUCUCCACCCCUGCGAAGAGGAAGCGAAAGCCGGACCAGGCCGAACAGAGCAGAAAGAAGGGAUGGCGCCCAAGCCCGCCCAGCGGUGGUGCCUGCGGUAGGCGGGGGCCCGCCGGGCCCAUCAGAGCCACGUGCUGUUGUUUCCGGGCCGGGGCUGUCACGUGACCAGCGUCAGCUGACCCUUCACGGCGGAGCCCCGCGCUGACACCCCGCAGCCCCAGCCCUGUUGCGCCGGCAGCGCAGGACCCUGCCGGGUGGUAAGAGCGCCCCGCCUUUUCCCCUCCUGCCCCCCGGGCUCGCCCCGGCCGCCUCGGCCCCUCCUCCUCUCCUUCGCCCACCCUCCCCGUCCGGCCUGGCACCCCGGAAGCCGGCGCAAAGAGGGCCGUGACGGGGCUCAGCCCCGCACUGUCCCCAGGCGGCCAGGAGGGGAUGGCCCAGCGGAACAGGGGGCGGGAAGUCGCUCCUACCGCUGGGGUUGAGGGCUGCUCCCCGCCCCCAAGCUCCUCCAUGGAGGGGCUGCUCCGGAGCGUGGAGAGGGACCUGAACAUCGAUGCCCGGCAGCUGGCUCUGGCCCCGGGGGGCACUCACGUGGUGGCCCUAGUGCCCGCGCGCUGGCUGACCAGCCUUCGCGAGCGCCGGCUGCCCCCGGGACCCUGCCCUCGAGCAGAGGGCCUGGGCGAGGCGGAAGUCAGAACUCUCCUGCAAAGAUCCGUGCAGAGGCUGCCGCCGGGCUGGACGCGCAUCGAGGUGCACGGGCUGCAGAAACAGAGGCUGUCCUACCCGCUGGGCGGGGGCCUGCCCUUUGAGGAGGCCUCCUGCGGCCCAGAGACUCUCACACGCUUCAUGCAGGACAUAGCUGCCCAGAAUUAUCGCAACCUGUGGCAGCAUGCAUAUCAUACUUAUGGGCAGCCCUAUAGUCACAGCCCUGCCCACUCUGCUGUCCCUGCCCUGGACUCAGUACGUCAGGCCCUGCAGAGGGUCUAUGGUUGCUCCUUCCUGCCAGUGGGUGAAGCUACCCAAUGCCCGUCAUAUACCAGAGAUGGCCCCUGUCCCCCUCGGGGCAGCCCAGCCUGCCCCAGUCUGUUGCGAGCUGAGACCCUCCUGGAGUCACCGGAGAUGCUGUACGUAGUGCACCCUUAUGUGCAGUUCUCCUUACAUGAUGUGGUCACCUUCAGCCCUGCCAAGCUGACCAACAGCCAAGCCAAGGUGCUCUUCAUUCUCUUCCGGGUGUUGCAGGCCAUGGAUGCCUGUCACCGCCAGGGGCUGGCUUGCGGGGCCCUGUCUUUGCACCACAUCGCUGUGGACGAGAAGCUUUGCAGCGAGCUCCGGCUGGAUCUGAGUGCUUACGAGAGGCCCGAGGAGGACGAGAAUGAGGAGAACCCUGGAGCAAGGGAUGGGGCAGGCACUGAGCCAGGGGAGGAGCAGGGAGGGGGGACUGGGUGUCCCUCCUGCCGGAAAGAACUUAGGGGCCUUGUGCUGGACUGGGUCCACGGGCGCAUCAGCAACUUCCACUACCUCAUGCAGCUGAAUCGGUUGGCAGGUCGGCGGCAGGGGGAUCCCAACUACCACCCGGUGCUGCCCUGGGUGGUGGACUUUACCAUGCCCCAUGGGCGCUUCCGAGACCUGCGCAAGUCCAAGUUCCGCCUCAACAAGGGAGAUAAGCAGCUGGACUUCACAUACGAGAUGACGCGGCAGGCGUUCGUGGCAGGCGGCGCGGGCGGCAGUGAACCACCUCAUGUGCCUCACCACAUCUCCGACGUGCUGUCCGACAUCACUUACUAUGUGUACAAGGCGCGGCGCACACCCCGGUCAGUGCUCUGUGGACAUGUCCGGGCGCAGUGGGAGCCCCACGAGUAUCCUGCCAGCAUGGAGCGGAUGCAGAACUGGACACCCGACGAGUGCAUUCCCGAGUUCUACACCGAUCCCACUAUCUUCUGCUCCAUCCACCCAGACAUGCCUGACUUGGACGUGCCGGCCUGGUGCAGCUCCAGCCAGGAGUUCGUGGCUGCCCACCGGGCGCUGCUGGAGAGCCGUGAGGUGUCCCAGGACCUGCACCACUGGAUCGACCUCACUUUCGGCUACAAGCUCCAGGGCAAGGAGGCCGUGAAGGAGAAGAACGUGUGUCUGCAUCUGGUGGACGCCCACACCCACCUGAGCAGCUAUGGGGUGGUGCAGCUGUUCAACCAGCCGCACCCCCAGCGCCUGGCUGGGGUUCCUGCCCUUGCCCCUGAGCCUCUGCCCCUCCCCAGACUGUUGGUCCAGACCGUCCAGGAGACCACAGGCCAGGAGGACUUCCCAGGACAGCUUACGAACGGGGCAAGUAGGCUGGUUUUGGAGGCCACUCCCUGUGAGGCUGGCUGGACCAGAGACAGGCCUGUGGCAGGGGACGAUGAUUUGGAGCAGGCCACAGAAGCUCUGGAUUCCAUCUCCCUCGCUGGGAAAGCGGGGGACCAGCUGAGCUCCUCCUCCUCCAGUCAAGUCCCCCCUGGCCUCCUGUCUUUCUCGGUAGCCCCAGCCUCUCGACCGGGCCGCAGGAUUAAAGCUGCUGGGGUGGACCCUGGGGAAGGGGAGGAGGGGAAGAUCCUUCUUCCCGAGAGCUUCAAUCCCUUGCAGGCCCUGGAGGAGCUGGAGAAACUGGGCAACUUCCUGGCCAAAGGUGUAGGGGGCCGGUUGGAGGUACCUGAGCAGCCCCAGGUCCGGCCACCCAUGCAGCUGCGGGACCUCUUCCAUCGGGACAUGCAGGCACUGGGGGUCCUGAUGGCUGAGAUGGUGUUUGCCACCAGGGUCCGGACGUUGCAGCCUGAUGCACCUUUGUGGGUGCGCUUUGAGGCUGUUCGGGGGCUUUGCAUCCGGCAUCCCAAGGAGAUCCCUGUGUCUUUGCAGCCUGUGCUGGACACGCUUCUGCAGCUCAGUGGACCUGCAGGCCCCAUGGCUGUGCAGAGGGGCAAGCCGGACCUGCUGUUUGAGUACCAGCCCAUCAAUCAGGGACUGCCCCCACCCUGCCCGGCCCAGCUCCUUAGCCCCUUCAGCUCCGUGGUUCCCUUCCCUCCGUAUUUCCCAGCGCUGCACAAGUUCAUCCUCCUGUACCAGGCCAGGCGCGUGGAGGACGAGGCCCAGGGGCGGGAGUUGGUGUUUACUCUGUGGCAGCAGCUGGGUGCAGUGCUGAGCGACAUCACCCCCGAGGGCCUGGAGAUCCUGCUGCCCUUCGUGCUGUCACUCAUGUCUGAGGAGCACACAGCCGUGUACACGGCCUGGUACCUCUUUGAACCGGUUGCCAGAGCCCUGGGCCCCAGAAAUGCCAACAAGUACCUGCUGAAGCCCCUCAUUGGUGCCUACGAGAGCCCCUGCCAGCUACACGGCCGUUUCUACCUGUACACGGAUUGCUUUGUGGCCCAGCUGAUGGUGCGGCUGGGCCUGCAGGCCUUCCUGGUGCACCUGCUGCCGCACGUCCUGCAGGUGCUGGCUGGCGUGGAGGCCUCCCAGGAGGAGAGCAAGGGCCUGGCGGGGGCUGCCGAGGAUGAGGAGAAUGGCCUGCCGGGGGUCGGGCCAGGGCCCUGCGCCUUUGGGGAGGAGAUCCAGAUGGACGGGCAGCCUGCCGCCGCCCCGGGACUGGGGCUCCUGGACUACACGUCUGGCGUCAGCUUCCACGACCAGGCCGACCUCCCCGAGACCGAGGACUUCCAGGCCGGGCUCUUCGUGGCUGGGUCUCCGCAGCCUCAGGAGGCCGAGGCAGUGAGCCUGGGCCGGCUGAGUGACAAGAGCAGUGCCAGCGAGACCUCCCUGGGCGAGGAGCGGGCCCUGGACGAGGGGGCUGCCCCCUUGGACAAGAGCAGCCUCCACUCGGGCGACAGCAGCCAGGACUUGAAGCAAAGCGAGGGCUCCGAGGAGGAGGAGGAGGAGGAGGAAGAGGAGGAAGAGGAAGGCUGCGUGGUAUUGGAGGAGGAGGGGGAGGAGCAGGACGAGGUCACAGUGACAUCCGAGCUCACCCUCUCCGACACGGUGCUGUCCAUGGACACGGUCGUGGCCGGUGGCGGGGGAGAUGAGGAGGGAGAGGAGGAGCCGCCGACCGAGCAGUCAGAGGGCAAAGAACAGAAGAUCCUUCUUGAUACGGCCUGCAAGAUGGUCCGCUGGCUGUCCGCCAAGCUUGGGCCCACUGUGGCCUCCCGCCACGUGGCCCGGAACCUGCUCCGCCUGUUGACAUCUUGUUAUGUUGGGCCCACGCGGCAGCAGUUCACGGUGAGCAGCGGCGAGAGCCCCCCGCUGAGCGCUGGCAACAUCUACCAGAAGAGGCCGGUGCUGGGUGACAUGGUGUCCGGGCCUGUGCUCAGCUGCCUCCUCCACAUCGCCCACCUGUACGGGGAGCCCGUCUUAACCUACCAGUACCUGCCCUACAUCAGCUACCUGGUGGCCCCGGGUGGCACUUCGGGUCCCAGCCGACUGAACAGCCGUAAGGAGGCGGGGCUGUUGGCAGCCGUGACGCUGACGCAGAAGAUCAUCGUGUACCUCUCGGACACCACCCUCAUGGACAUCCUGCCCCGUAUCAGCCACGAGGUCCUGCUGCCUGUGCUCAGCUUUCUUACUUCCCUCGUCACGGGGUUCCCAAGUGGGGCCCAGGCCCGGACCGUCCUCUGUGUGAAAACCAUCAGCCUCAUUGCCCUCAUCUGCCUGCGGAUUGGGCAGGAGAUGGUCCAGCAGCACCUCAGUGAGCCUGUGGCCACCUUCUUUCAGGUGUUUUCCCUGCUGCAUGAGCUUCGGCACCAGGAUCUGAAGCUGGAGCCCGGUGGCCGCAAUGAAGGCCCCCUGCCGGAGGUGGCCUUCUCUGAUGGGCAGCAGCGGCCAGUGGACCCCACCCUGCUGGAUGAGCUGCAGAAGGUGUUCACCCUGGAGAUGGCAUACACAAUCUACGUGCCCUUCUCCUGCCUGCUGGGUGACAUCAUCCAGAAAAUCAUCCCCAACCACGAGCUGGUUGGGGAGCUGGCAGGGCUGUAUUUGGAGAGCAUCAGCCCCAGCAGCCACAACCCUGCCAGCAUGGAGUCCACUGUGCCCAGCACCAGCCCCGAGUGGGACCCCCAGCAUGGGGGCAGCCCCCUAGAUGACAGCCACUCGGGGACCUUCGGGAGCGUCCUGGUUGGGAAUCGCAUCCAGAUCCCCACGGACUCUCAGCCCGAGAGCCCAGGCUUGCUGGGCCCCAUCUCCGGGGCAGGCAGCGGGGGCCUCGGCGGCGGCAGUGAGGACAACAUUUUGAAGCGGGAGCUGCCGCGGAGUGUCCAUGGGCUGAGCGGGAACUGGCUGGCAUACUGGCAGUACGAGAUUGGCGUUAGCCAGCAGGAUGCCCACUUUCACUUCCACCAGAUCCGCCUGCAGAGCUUCCCUGGCCACUCGGGGGCUGUCAAGUGUGUGGCACCUCUGAGCAGUGAGGACUUCUUCCUGAGUGGCAGCAAGGACCGGACCGUGCGUCUCUGGCCACUCUACAACUGUGGGGAUGGCACCAGCGAGACAGCUGCCCGCCUGGUCUAUGCCCAGCACCGCAAGAGUGUCUUCUACGUGGGCCAGCUUGAGGCCCCACAGUACCUGGUGAGCUGUGACGGGGCUGUGCACCUCUGGGACCCCUUCACAGGCAAGACCCUUCGCACGGUGGAGCCCUCCGACAGCCGGGUGCCCCUGACUGCCGUGGCCGUCAUGCCUGCCCCCCACACCAGCAUCACCAUGGCCAGCUCAGACUCAACCCUGCGCUUUGUGGACUGCAGGAAACCUGGUCUGCAGCAUGAGUUCCGCUUGGGCGGCGGGCUGAACCCUGGGCUCGUCCGCUCCCUGGCCGUCAGCCCCAAUGGCCGCAGCGUCGUGGCUGGCUUCUCCUCGGGCUUCGUGGUGCUCCUGGACACCCGCACGGGCCUGGUUCUGCGCGGCUGGCCGGCCCACGAGGGGGACAUCCUGCAGAUCAAGGCGGUGGACAACAGCAUCCUGGUCAGUUCCUCCUCUGACCACUCCUUGACCAUCUGGAAGGAGCUAGAGCAGAAGCCCAUUCACCACUACAAGUCAGCAUCCGACCCCAUCCACACCUUUGACCUGUACGGCAGCGAGGUGGUCACUGGCACCGUGGCCAACAAGAUCGGCGUCUGCUCCCUGCUUGAGCCGCCCUCCCAGGCGACCACCAAACUCAGCUCCGAGAACUUCCGCGGCACGCUCACCAGCCUGGCCUUGCUGCCCACCAAGCGCCACCUCCUGCUGGGCUCAGACAAUGGGGUCAUCCGCCUCCUGGCGUAGGCUGAGUCAGGGGCCCACCCAGCAAGGGUGGGCAGACAUCCCCUGGGAAUCUUCCCUCGACCCUUGCUCCCCCAGGUCCUAAGCCUUGUGUACCCACAUAACCUGACAUCGAGGGCCUCCAUCUGGGGUGUUCCCAGGCUCCUGAUCUCCUAGAGCCACCAGGGCUGCCAGAAAGGUCUCACAGGUGUUUGUGGCUUGGGGAGAUGCAGCUCUGAGCUGGCUAGAAGCAAGAAGGCGAGCAUGGACACCUCUGCCCUUGCUUCUCCCUCACUUGCCCUCUGGGUCCACAUGGGAACAGGAAGCUCGAGGAAGGAGAAGGGAGACUGGCCCUGCCCAGCCCAUCGCCAGCCAAAGCCCCCUUCCUGGGCUCUCUCUGCCCCUUCCUUGCAAGGACUGGGGAUCUGCCCCAGCCCAGGGCACUGAUGGUGCUUGGACUCCAGCCUCUCAGGGGGUCUGGCUGUGGUCCAGGAGUUAAGGGCCUUGGUCUGGGCUGUGAGUGUCCACCCAGCCAGGCCCUGCCCAGUGUGGGACCCGUGGGGGAAAAGGGGGGCAGGCUCAGGGUUGGGAAGAUGGGCUGGGCCAACUGGUGCCUGCCAGGAGUGGCCCCACGCCUUGCUUGCCCACCCCCAGCCACAGUGUUUGUGCCUUGAGCUGAGGAGGCAGCCCCUGGGCCCAGAACCCCUUGGGGGGAAGGCUUGCUUCCAAGACUCGAGAGAAGGGGCAAGAAGAUCCUCUCUGCAUCUCAGGUUUCUCCCAGGGAACAGGAAGAUCCAGGCAUCCCCUGGUCCUCACCCACCAGAGCAGAGAUGAGGUCUGAGGCUCGGCCCCUACUGCCUCCUCAUUGUUUGCAAUAGAUGUAAAUGUGAUCAAUAAAUCCUUAGGAAGAGCCAUGG